CGAAAUCACACUUUUUUUUCCCUUUCAUAAUAAACAAAAAUGUCAGCCAUGGAAGAUAACGACGUUAACGUAGCUAAACAAGAACAAGUACCACCAAACGAUCUAUUACUGCAACAUUUGGAAUCCAUUAAAAGCAAUGCACCUCAGAACAAGGAAGAAUUUUAUCAACAAUCCUUUCAAAUAUUCUCGACCUUGAAUCGUUGUGUCAAAGGCAACGAUGCCACCUCUUAUAAAGAUGCCAAGAAAAGCGAAAUCAGCGACAUUGUUUCUCAAUACGUCGACCUUGUUCAUGAAUUCCCAGAGACCAACCGAGUACCCAUUUGGGACAUGGCCAAUUUACUCUAUUUUUCUGACGUACCUUGGUCUACCAGUUUGAACGAUUGGAUCAAUGAACAUGUAGCCAUCCCCGACGAUAAAAACGAGUUUGAAAUUGCCGUGCAUCAAAUAUUACGUGGUAACGCCAUUGAAGCUAUCGAUCAAUUGAAUGCGAUCGCAGACUUGACAGAAGCUCAACUUGCUACCAUUAAGAUCAUCACAGAUCUUCUUGACCAGUUUCAACAUCUGCAAGGCGACCAAACCACCUAUGCAGCUCAAUGGUCUUUAUGGCAUGAAUUAUGUGCUACAGAACUCUGCAACUUUAUUAACAUGUGUGAAGAAGUAGGAGACUCCAAUGUGGAUCAAGAGAUUCGCGUGAUAUUUGAUGUCUUAUGUGGCGAUGAAGACACAAUUUUCUAUUCGGGUACGUAUUAUGAAAAAGUCAUGGGUACCCUCUUGUAUUCAAGACCGGCUACUACCUUGUCCGGACUGACCCAUUUGGCUCAGCGCCUAGUUGACGAGGACACGCAAGUGGAGCCCAGUGCCUAUAUCCUGAUGGGUUGUUUCGAUGAGGCCUUUGAGACCUGUCAUGAUCUCUGGUUACAGACACAUUUAGGCCAUGCUUUAAUUGUCCUGGGUGCAAAACAGACCGAUAAAACCUUGUUGUCCGUAGAAACUGAAACGAUCAUUGAUCCUGUCUAUUACUCUAUCCGCGAAUAUGCUACAAAGUUUGCCGAAAAGAAUAUGUGGAAGGAAGCUGUUGUCUAUCUCUCUGCCUGUGUAGAGAACAGAGAAAUAUGGAUCAAGCAGCUUCUGGGAGAAUUACCUUUAAAGAACAAAGAAUUAAGUUUAUUGAUGGGUAUACUUCAUAUUGCAGAGGAACACAACAUGAUAGCUGUUCAACGCUACAUCCAUCAAGCCAUGGGUCAACGAUACGAGGAAAAGAAAGAGACACGACAAGCCACGAUUGAAUACGGUAAAGCGCAAGAUUUGAAAGCUUUGGAUCGAUUUGCACAUGCCGAGUUCAGUCAGUAUCUGAGGACAGGAAAAUUGGGCGAUGUGGUGACAGAUAUGGAAGCGUUGAAGUCGAGUCCGCAUUAUGCCAUGCUGAUUGUUUAUCAUAAUUUUAGAGUGUAUAUUGAAAAGAAGGAUUGGAAAAAGGCAGCAGAGGCAUUACUCGAAUUAUUGAAAGAUGAACAUUUACCCACUAAAUUUGAAAUCGUGUUACUGGUGGAUAAUUUUGUGAUUUUGCAAGAUCCAAGAGACUUUUAUACCGAGGAAGAAUUACUUCAUUUGAUCAAGAUCUUUCGCGUCGUCACAAAAGAUAAUGUUCAUCAUGAUUUUUUUGCCAAAUACUAUCAAUUUAUUCAUCAUCAUGACGUACAAGGUUCUGUGGUGGUUGCAAGAAUGCGAGAAUUACUUGGUUACAGAGCUGCUACCGUAGCCAUGGAGAGUAAAGACUUAAUCACCACGACAGAAGAGGUUCAUGCCUAAUUUUUCUUUAAUAAAUCUUUCUUUUGACACACACAUGUGUGUAACCCUGUGUGCGUGCGUGUGGGG